AUGCACUGUCACCGCGCUCUCCAGCUGCGCCAGAGCCUCCUGGUACCGGCCGAGCGCCGUCAGCGCGCAGGCGCUGUUGUAGGUGGCCGCCCUCGCCUCGUCGGGGGAGGGGCGCAUGGAGAGGCCGGCGCGGAAGAGCUGGAGCGCAGUCGCUGGGUCGCCAUUAGAGAAGCGCUGCAGGCCGGCCUCCACUGCAUCCUUGGCACUGGUCACGGAGAGGGCGGCGGGGGAUGGACCGCUGCGGACCAUAGUGGUGGAUCGGGCGGGUUUCCUACGGGGGUGGCCGGGCGGGGACCGCCGGGCGGGUGCCGGCACAGCAGGCAGCGAUGCAUGGAGCGUUCCAUGCCUCUCAUGGCAUGUCCCCCAUGCCGUCCGAUUCGCCAGGCAGGAAGGCAGGCCGAGCAGCCGCAUAAAGCCUAA